CUGUAACUGGUGCAGACUUAAUGGGCCAAAUGUAGUCUUCCUGUGCAUAGAAUCAAACAAGUAUUUGUCUGUUAAAUAUCUGUAUGCUGGAAAGAGAGCAGAGAAGUCCAAAUUGGAACGAGUACGGGAAAGAUUUAUGAGGAUGUUGCUAAGACUUGGGAGCUUGAACUAAAGGGAGAGAUUGGGCAUGCUAAGAAUGUAUUCCUUAGAGUGUACGGGACUAAGAGGUGAUCUUACAGAGGUGUUUAAAAUCACAAGGGGAAUUGAUAAGGUGAAUGUGCACAGUUUUAUUUUUUACCAGGGUAGAGGUAUCAAGAACCAGAGGAUAUAGUUUUAAGGUGAGAGGAGCAAGAUUUAAGAGGAACCCGAGGGGCAACUUUUUAACUAAAAGGCUGGUGGGUAUAUGGAAUGAGCUGUUAGAGGAAGUAGUUGAGGCAGAUGCAAUAAUAUUUAAAAGACACUUGGUCAGGUACAUGGAUAAGAAAAGUUUGGAGGGAUAUGUGCCAAAUGCAGAAAAUGGGAAUAGCUUAGGUGGAGCAACUUGGUCAGCAUGGAUGAGAUGGGCUGAAGGGGCUGUUUCCAGGCUGUAUGAUUCCAUGACUCUAUAACUAUCUUAACUAUGAGUACAAAGCUUUGUUUGAUAUCUGUAUGUUAAUUAGAUGUUAAUUAUACAUAUAAUUGUGGGUUGUACAUCCCAAAGUAUUUUAGUCUACAUAUAGUCUGCCUCAGAAAACCGGGAUCUUUAAGAUGGCUUAUCCUUGUGCAGGAGUGCUUAAUCUUUUACAACAUGUUCCUGGAGGAGAAAACGCACAUUCAACCGAGAAGUUAAAUAUGACAUGGAGCAGAAUAAAAGAAGUACCAAAUUGGAUGGAGCCAUAUAUAUUUGUAUAUUCUUAAAUAUUCUAAGGAGUGCAUUUCAGGUGACGGAUUGCUUAAAUUGCCAGUUGGCUACGAAUAGAUCGGCACUAACUGCGUUGGUCGAAUGGAAUCAUUUCCCAGAUGGAAAACAUGCAGACAGUUACUUGAUCACAUAUGGAACAUUGUCUCCACAUUUUUCCAGUACUGUGAGAUCUGUUCAGGGAUCAAGUGUCAGUUUGGAUGACCUUCAGGAAGAUAUUAGCUAUUAUUUUAUUAUAAAAUCAGUGACCAGUGGGAAAAUCCAAGACAGCAAAUCAUUUACUACUUGUUUGUAUGGAGAAGCUGGCUUUAAAACAACCAUUUCAACAACUACUGCUUCAUUUGAUUGGAGUGAAUUUGGGUUUGGAAGAUUUAUAACCACAAUAAGCCUAAAUUUCACUUCAUACCAUAUACCAGCUACUACAAACAAUUACGUGUGGAAUGAAUUAAAGCCUGGAACUUUGUACAAUUUCUCCUUGGAAUUCAAGCAAACACAUCAUAUUGGACUCACUUUCACACAAGUAUUUAAUAUAAUUAUUGAAACAGGUACGAUAAACUGA